UGUUCCCGCCAUUUUCAAAACGCGCGAUCGACUCUUCCUUUGGACAACAAAUACAACAAUGCCGCUUCUAAAGAAGAAAAUUUACAAUUUAACGCCGUCUCCGAAAAACCUAAAGGCCAGUGAAGAGUUAUUUGUUAUACCAGAGACAAAGGAAUGUUUCAGAAGCUACGAGUAUCUUUUUAUAAGGUUUUUAAUAGUAUAUUUUAUCGAUGAUGGUUCGCAGCAUAUCGUAGGAUGGUAUCUACAGUUGAUAAAUAUGGCGGCAGUUUAUAUCAGAGUGGGAAAAUAAUGUUAAUUCUCCUCAUUACAUGUGUUAGUUCUAUAUUUUGGUGGCAAAUAAUAGAAGAGAGAGAUAUGGAUUGGUUUGGAUAUAUAUAAUGUAUUGAUUAGUAUAGAUUCCUCAUUUUAUGAAUUAUGAUAUUAGAUUUAACCAGGAGCAGUUACGAAAAAUGCAACUAAUACUAUAGGCCCUCUGGCCAGAAUCCAACCCGUGGCCCUCCAUUCCGAACCUACAGCCCUUCGAUUCCUGCACCGGAAUCACAGGGCGGCAGGUUCGAUUCCUGAGGGCCUGUAGUUGCAUUUUUUGCAACAGUUCCUCGUUAGGUCUAACAAAUGUAUAAAAUUCACAUUUGAAAUUUCCAUUUACAAAACCCUUAUACAAUUAUAAUAGUUCGAUAUUUAGUUCAUCUCAUAAACUGUCUACAGGUGUAGAAAUGUGGGCAAACAGAUGGACCACCCUAUGAACUUGCAUGUGUAGUUUGCCAGAUCGGCAAGUUUGUAGGGUGGGCAAUAAAUCCCCCGUGCAUUUUCGAGACAUUAGAGAGGUUAAGAUACCCCGGUUCCGAUUUACAGGUACGAGUAUCGCCAUUUUGUUUAGCAAUUUUUGCUGAUGUCAGCAUUUUUGCCUGUAAUUUCUACCCGUUUCCCUGCGGUAAACCAUGGUCUACACGUAAAAGACAAACGGGUACGGGUGUUUUCUGUUUACUAUAUGUGGGCCGUUUAAAUAGUAAAAAUUUUCAACAUCUUACCUAAAUAAAUAAUGCACAUAUGCUGGUCAAAGUUUUCAACAAUUUAUGGCGAACCUCAACAGCGAAAGUUACCAUUCUCUGAUCGGUUUUCACACGCCGGAAUAUAUUGGAUUUCUUAAGUUACAAGUCGUUCCCCGAUUUACGGGUACGGGUAUGUGUAUAUCACCCGUAAACCGGAACCGGGGUAUCUUAACCUCUCUAUUUUCAGCUGCACCUGUGCACUUUCGAGACAAAUUUGCUUGCCCACACAAUUUGAUAAUAUUUGGUAAUACUGAAAUACCAGUAAAAUUGUACACCCAAAACUGGGAAAAAGUUGAUUGUGCAAAAUGGCAGCCAAAAUUUGAUAUCACCCGCUCAUUUUGCAAACUUUCCAGCCUCGUUCACGAAUGACCUCUCGAUGUGCUUGACAGAUGAUGGAGUAGUUCUUAGGCCCCUGUCCAUAUGUAUCCUGAUUUGUUUGUAUUCAACAGUGCAUACGCCUUCUGUCCAUAUGCAUCCAGUGAAAAUGCACACCGAAACAAGAAACUUUGAAGACGGUUUUUGGCAUGAAAACUUUUGAAAAUGCAACAAAUCUAGAUACAUGUGGACACAAUGUAACCAGAAUGUUUUAAAAUCAAUGCUAACUAUCCCAUAAAGUGCCAGUGCUCUCCCCUUGCCGAGUAAAAUUGUCUGGCGUUAGACAGAGUAAAAUAGUAAAGUAGGGUGCAUCAGGGCGCAAUGCGACUCAAUGGGUUAACUAGACACAUGAGCACACAAGGCCAGUUAUCCCAUAAAUUGCUAGCUAACGCUCUCCCCUUGCCGAGUAAAAUUGUCUGGCAUUAGACGGAGUAAAAUAGUAAAGUAGGGUGCAUCAGGGCACAAUGCGACUCAAUGGGUUAACUAGACACAUGGGCAGAUAGGCCAGUUAACCCAUUGAACAUCGGUGCUCUCCCCUUGACGAGUAAAAUCAUCUGGCGUUAGACUGAGUAAAAUAAUAAAGUAGGGCGCAUCAGGGCUCAAUGAGUUAUACAUGACAGCAUCGGUGCUCUCCUCUUCAUGAGUAAAAUCAUCUGGCGUUAGACUGAGUAAAAUAAUAAAGUAGGGCGCAUCAGGGCUCAAUGAGUUAUACAUGACAGUGUAGAUUCCAGUCCACGCUGAGCAUGCUCGUGUAUCGGUUGCCUUGCUAAUGAAUUAAUUAGGGUAUCCAUACUGUUUUUGCUUCCUUGACAUACAUGUCAGUGAAUAUAUUGCCAAGGUAUUCCUCUACAGUUCUCAAAACUGGUCUUGCCAGUACACUGGUAAAUCUGGGCUCACUUACAACGACGCUCUCUCGUCUGAAAUGGAAGCUUUGAAACAGCUAAAAACUUUUCCUAACCACUUCAAAGAGCCUGUAUUAAAAUGUGUUCAUAAAGGUAAGUGGUUUUUUUAGGCGGUAAUAUAUAUAUAUAUACAAUUAAUACAAUUGUUUUUAAAACCUAAGUCUUGAACAUGUAGCGUGAAGUUUAAUCUACUGUACCUGUACUAUAUUUUGACAUAAGUUAUAAAAAAAAUUUUCUGUUUUUUUUUUCACACGGAUUGGACAGAGUACAAUAAAGUAGGGUGCAUUAUGGUGCAAUGCAAUUUAAUAUGUUAAUACAUUAUGCUAGAUAUAGCAAUUAUUUCUUCAUGAAACAUUCUUCAUGAAGCCCUUUCUGUGAGCAUUCAGCCGUAAUUUGGAAAUGGCUUUCUUUUUUGUGCAGCCAAGGGAAAUAUGAAAGAGGUUACAGACAAAUGCAUGAAGUUUUUAACAACUCAUUACUGCCUUCAAGAAGACGUUGUCAUUGUGAACACCAAGAGUAGAAAGUAAGUUGUUUGUUUAUAAACUUGUCUCAAGUUGUGUUUGAUGUGGAUAAUGGUUGUAUUGAACUUUGAUCUCUUAUUGUUUAGAAAAAGUCCUGGUGUGAUUAUUGAAGUUUUAAAAGUAUGUACCUUUUUGUUUAUCACAAUUUUUACUUAUAAUUGUAAUUAAGUCUCUAUAAUUAUUUUUGCCACUCAUUACUAUCAUCAGCAUUCUCCACCAUCAUCACCCGACCAAGCUAUUAUCUGACCAGCAUUCACCACCAUUAGGGGUGCACCGGAUUUCAAAUCCGGCCGGAUUUAAUGAAUUUUCCGGUAUCCGGCAUCCGGCCGGAUUUGGAGAAAAUCCGGCCGGAUUUAAAUUUCUGUUUUCACCUUAAAAUAUUCACGAAGAAUGGGAUAAACCAUCAAUUUGGCAGCUUUAAAGUUUAAAAAACACUUAAUAUUAUUAUAAAAUAUUAAGUUAUUAACAAGAAGAUAUUUAAAAAAGGUUUAAACACAAUAAAAAAUCUAAACUGACACUAACUAAAAAUAGUAAAAAACAUAAACCGCCAUGAAUUAUCUCAAUUUAUCCCCAUUACCGGAAUUUUUGUCCAAAUCCGGUAAAUCCGGUUCCGGCCGGAUUUGAAAAUUCCAAAUCCGGUGCACCCCUAACCACCAUCAUCUAUAGACAUAAUUAUCACCAUCAGCAUUCAUCACCACCACCAUCAAUCAUCACCACCAUCAUCAAUCAUCAUCACCACCAUCAUUACACCAGCAUCAUUACACCAGCAUUCACCACCAUCAUUACACCAGCAUUCACCACCAUCAUAGCUGACAUCAUAAUUAUCACCAUCAGCAUUUAUCACCACCACCAUCAAUCAUCACCAUCAAUCAUCACCAUCAAACAUCAUCAUCAUCACCACCAUCAUUACACCAGCAUUCACCACCAUCAUAAUUAUCAGCAUUCAUCCCCACCACCAUUAAUCACCAUUACUCAUCAUCUGUCACCAUCUCUACCACCAUUACUCAUCAUCUGUCAUCAUUUCCACCACCAUUAGUCAUCAUCACCACCAUUAGUCAUCAUCACCACCAUUAGUCAUCAUCACCACCACCAUCAUCAGCAUUCUCCACCACCAUCAUCAGCAUUCUCCAUCAUCAGCAUUCUCCACCAUCAUCACCUGACCACUGUCAUAGUCAUCACCACCACCAUUAAUCAUCAUCAUCAUCAUCAUCAACAUUCUCCACCACCAUCAUCACCUGACCACUAUCAUAAUCAUCAUCAUCAUCAUCACCACCAUCAUCAUCACCUAGCAUUCACCACCAUCAUAAUUAUCAUCACCACCAUCUGAUACCACCAUCAUCAUCAUCACCAGCAUUCAUCACCACAACCAUCAUAAUUAUCACUACUACCAUUAUCUGUGACAUGACAGUAUAUCAUAAUUGUUUGCUGUUUGCAUCACACAGAAUGUGGACGUUGAUGCCGAUGAAAAAGAGAAUGGUGGAGUGAAUCCCGCAGGAACGCAGGUCAGAUUAAGACAGGCGGCUAGCAGUAUACUAAACUAUUUUUACUAUUAUUCGGUCAAUUAUAAGAUUAUUGUUUCACAUUUUGUGUAGGUUUCUCGGUGGAAAUAUAGUGUCCAAUUAACAGGAAGCGACGUGGUUUUGAAAGACCUUUUACCUGACGAAAUAAAGUAAUGAUCCAUUUUAUCAAUUUUUACUGAGUCUACUGCAUUAUGAUAAGUUUAUAUAUUUUUCUGAUUUCCAUAGACGCAAGACGAAAUUGCCUUCAAAAGGAUUGUUGAAAAUGUUUAUAAAGCACAAAGCUGAAAGAUUACCUGUUGAUGGCAAAGACAUUUGGUUGCUUAAGGUCAAUAAUUUAUAAGACAUUUUAACCUAUUAGUGUAC